UAAAAUGAGAAACAGCGGAUUGACAGGGGGCAGCCUUCGUUGGAUAAUCCAGAAUGUUGGAUAAGCAAAUGUUGGAUAAGUGAGACUCUACUGUACAUGAAGGUGGGAUCUUAAUGUCCACAUCAGUGGGGCUGACAUUGAAAACCCGAACAGAGUGGGACUUAAAGGCAAACACAGAACUUUUAAAGGGAAUGAAGACUCAAAGAGAGAGGAAAAGGCAAAGCUGAAACCAAGACAAGCAGGAAAGGAAUCGGUUAAAGGAAUGAACAGAAAGAACAGCAGAGAGGGAGGGAGGGGUGUGUGUGAGUGUGUUCAGGCUUCGUGAUGAUGAUGAUGAUGAUGAUGAUGAUGAUAGCGUGAUGAUAGUAAUGAUGAUAGGAAUCAUGGCACCGGCUGACCUCACAAAGGCCGCCCGGCGUCGGGCGCAACGGGCCGCGCUUCCCUUUUCCGGGGAAGAAAAGAAGGGAAAAGAAGGGGAAGUGGAGGGGAGGGGCCACUGAGACCACCCCCUCCCCCCGAAGAGCCAAGGAGUCCAGGCCGGAUGGGGGUCCUCCUCGGGGGCAAGAGCCCGGCGCCCUCCACCCUCCUGGCAGCCUUCAUCCUGAGCGUUUGCUUCUUCUCGACCGAAGCCUUCUGGGACCCAACAGAUAUCAUGGUGGAGCCAUCAAACUCGAUGGUAGGAGGAAGCGUCCUCCUCACCCCACUCACCUUGCCUUCAUUCCCAUCGACCUGCCGCUGGUUCCGAGGGGGAUUGGACGUGGACAAUACCAUCGUGGUCUUCUUCUUCUAUCCGCGCCUUGCCGUUAUGAAUAGGACAGCCUUCACCGGGCGAGAGAUAAUAACCUCCAACUGCACUCUUGAGAUCAUAGGCUUAAGCGUCAACGACACUGCAAACUAUACGGCCCUGAUAGAGAGCGCUACGGGAAUUCGGAGGGGGACCGUGGAACUUCUGGUCAGCGCUCCAGCUCCUGACGAACCUGCUUCGCUCAUGAGUCUCCCAGUCUUGGAGGUGAGUGAUGUGCCGCGCUCCGCUUCACGCACUUUCCUCCUUGCAGGCCGGGGAUUCUCCAGGUCGACUAUUGCUGCCAUUAUCCUUGCGAUCCUGGGUGCCACAAUCAUUCUGACCACAGUGGUUGUCCUCAUUAAACGUUCUCCUCGCCCACAAAUCCGAACGCUGGUUCCAGCGGUCAGUCCCGGAGUCAAAGAAGCAAGCCUGCUCCAGGGUGGAAAAAAUGGGCGGUUUCCAUCGCCAGUGGCAGCCCAAGAGGCACAAUCCGUUGUCAAAGUGGAGGAAAGCAUGGAGUCCGGUGGUUCCAGUUGAGAAAUCCGUCUCCAAAACGUCAUUGGCUGCCUUGGCGGACCACGCGAUGACACGGCCUUGCUUGCAAAUAAAACGGAAGAGAUGCUAUAA